AUGUUUGCUUUUAUUUGUUUGCUUGCUAUUGCAAAUGCUAUUGAUUUCAAUACAUGGGCUGCUAAUAACAAUAAACACUUCACUGCAGUUGAAGCACUUAGAAGAAGAGCUAUCUUCAAUAUGAAUGCUAGAUUUGUUGCUGAAUUUAAUAAAAAAGGUUCAUUCAAAUUAUCUGUUGAUGGUCCAUUUGCUGCUAUGACUAAUGAAGAAUAUAGAACUCUUCUUAAAUCAAAAAGAACUGUUGAAGAAAAUGGAAAAGUUACAUAUUUAAAUAUUCAAGCACCAGAAUCAGUAGACUGGAGAGCUCAAGGAAAAGUAACUCCAAUUAGAGAUCAAGCCCAAUGUGGAUCAUGUUAUACAUUCGGUUCACUUGCAGCACUUGAAGGAAGAUUAUUAAUUGAAAAAGGUGGUAAUGCUAAUACACUUGAUCUUUCAGAAGAACACAUGGUUCAAUGUACUAGAGAUAAUGGAAACAAUGGAUGUAAUGGAGGACUUGGAUCAAAUGUUUAUGAUUACAUUAUAGAAAAUGGAGUUGCUAAAGAAAGUGAUUAUCCAUAUACUGGAACUGAUUCUACUUGUAAGACUAAUGUUAAGGCAUUUGCUAAAAUCACUGGAUACAAUAAAGUUCCAAGAAACAACGAAGCUGAACUUAAGGCAGCACUUUCACAAGGUCUUGUUGAUGUUUCAAUUGAUGCAUCAUCUGCUAAAUUCCAAUUAUACAAAAGUGGUGCAUACAGUGAUACUAAAUGUAAGAACAACUUCUUUGCUUUGAAUCACGAAGUCUGUGCUGUUGGAUAUGGUGUUGUUGAUGGAAAAGAAUGUUGGAUUGUCAGAAACUCAUGGGGAACUGGAUGGGGAGACAAAGGAUACAUCAAUAUGGUUAUUGAAGGAAAUACUUGUGGUGUUGCUACUGAUCCACUUUACCCAACUGGUGUUCAAUAUCUUUGA